AUGUUUUCAUGCAAACCUGAUCCGACAACAUCGUCGUCGACAAUCCCUCAUGACAGAAAACAAUAUGCAGGUGCAUCCACAAAUUAUUGUCGAUGUUCCAAAACGGAUAAAAGUGGCAUGUUCCAUAUUGGUGACGCCAACAAUUAUGAACAAAAAGCAGAAGCUUAUCGAGAAAAAACGAAGGAGUAUAUUGAAUUAGAAAAUGAUCCCCUAUAUGUAGUUUUUGACAAGGCAGUCAAUUUGCUCAAUGAUCUUCGCUCGAAAAAGCAUAUUUUUGCAUGGCAAUUUGGUAAAAUGAUACCGAAACGAGAGGACGCUCAACUAGCUUAUCUGUAUUUUGUUCCAAAACCACAUAAGGAAGGAACACCAUUAAGACCGAUUGUGUCCUCAAUGCAUAUGCCAACAACUGCCAUUUCCAAGUUUCUUGAUCGAUUAAUUCGACCGUUAUUUGAUGAACAUAUUCGUCCAACUGCAAUCAUCGAUGAUGCUGAUCUCAUUCGACGACUUCAAACAUACACUGAAAAUAGCUAUUUUACAGCACAGAUUUAUAUACAAUGUUACAACAAGAAGGAUCUCUCGAUAGUCUAA